CGAUGGUCUCCAGAAUGCACUGGACAUAAAAGGAACCAAUCUUCGCAAUAAAAAGGGAGGGAGGCUCCUCUGGGUAUGGGGAGUUUUUCAAACUCGGGCCUCCGGAACACAACCCGACGCGUGUUUACUCGGGAGUAAGCCACCCAGCAUUUAGGAGCAAUCGCUCCUAGGAAAUUCCAGAUGGGCAACUCAGUCCUUGGGCAGCGGCAAAAAAAAAUCCAGCAGGGCUCUAGGAACCGAACCGACGCCCGGAAAGAGCGUGCGAGUGCUCAGGGCCUGGGGUUCGUUUGACUCCCGGGAAAAGCGCGCCUCGGAUCGCAGCCCCAGCCGGAGGAGGAGGAGCAGGAGGAGGGGCGGCUGCCGAGCGCCUCUUUGUCUGGGCACACGCAAGGCGAGCAACGUCAGCCCCCCUCCCCAGGCCCCGCUCUGCAGCCGCCCCAGCCGGGCUGAAGGCUCCGCUGGCCGCCGGAUCGGACCGCCUGGCCGGGCCGGAGCCGUUGCGUAACGCCCGCCGCCAGCGGCGCUCCAAGCGCGCAUCCUUGCGCGCCCCCAGCCGGGUACCGCGCUCGCCGGGCGGAGAUCGCGCCGCCGCCGCCGCCUCUGGCUCGCCGGGGCCGUGCCCAGAGGUCCAGCCCGCCGUGCCCAAUGAAGCUCCCGCGAAGGAGGAGCCCCUCGCCAGCCGCCGCCGCCGGAGCGCAUGGAGGGACCGGCCGCCUGGGUGUGCUCCGUUCUUUUCUUCCGCUUUUCUCUCAUCCUGGGGAGCUCCGUCCACUUCGGAACAGGCAGCAAUUAUUCCGGUCUAUAUCAGCAGAGCAUCUUGCCUUGUAAGAAAGAAGAGCUCCAGUGUGGCGACGGGCGUUGCCACUUCAACUGGCUGCCUUGCCACUAUAAGAAGGAUUGUGGCACGGGCUACAUGUCCAUCCAGAUAACAUGCUCAAACAUUCACUUGAACCAGAGCGGUCCCAUCAGCAAGCUCUCCCACUACACCGAACACAACGGCGACACAAAUUUGAUGGGCUCUUCUGUCAUGGUGGCCGGCAUGGUGAUUGGCGUGGUGCUGUUCCUCUCCUGUGUGACCAUCUUCAUCGGCAGCCUGCGGAAAGAUAGGCGGUUACGGCAUCCCCACCUGAGGAGAGACGCCAGCUACACUCCAGACGGCUUCUCAUAUGGUGGCUCAGUUGGAGAGCUAAGAUCCAGUUGCCUCGAUGAGUUCCCACCAACACUGGAUUUCAGUUCUUAUAUGGAGACCUUGUCUCAAGUCAACAUCAUGCAUCCUGACUCCCCUCCACGUUACGACGAGUGUGUGGGACCAGGAGCAGCCCAAAUUUACAUUCCUACAGACGACCCUCCGCCUUAUUCCCUGACGGACCCUUACCAAAGGAGUGACUUGGCAAUAAACGUUCCUUCGGGAGAGGAAGCGACUCCUGGGACUACAGAACAGGCCACUGAGUGCUGGGUUGGACUGCAAGACCCCCAGCAGCCCAUCUCUUCCAUUUCCUCGACCUCCUCGUUUACAAUGGAGGCUGCUCCUCCAUACGAGACCGUUGUGGGCCAACAGAAUGUCCCAAUUCCCUUAGUCCCUCUGGAAGUAGUGAAAAAUUCUAGAGAGGGCUAUCAGAACCUUUGCAACAGAAUCAUGUAAAAGAAAACGGGAGCUUCUCAAGAGAUUCUUCAAGCGGAGUAGCAAGGACAUGGAAUGAGAUUAACCCAUCUGAGUACUCUACAAAACUCUUUUCUACUUUUAACAGGGCUGGAAUGGGAUUAUUUGGGGGUGAGGUUUGGUUUGGGGUAGAGGUACUGUUAUUGUUUUUUAACAGAACAUUGUGAACAUUUACCUGCACACUAAUUUGGGGGGAGGGGGGUUGAAUUGUUCUGCAAAUUGUCAAAUACUGAAAGCGGCAGCUAGAACGGGACGCUGGCCUCUCUGUAACAUUUGAAAGGACCUCCAGCUAAUCUGCUUUUAGUCUAGAUUGAUGUUGUGUGGUCAAACCUGGCUGUCAGUUCUGAUAUGGUAAUUUGCAUGUCUUAGAACAGGAGGGAAGGAAGAUGGAGGGGUUUGAGUCCAUACUUGUAAGCUCCAUUAAGUAAUUGAUGCUCGAUCACUUAGUAAUGAGAGACGAUUUGUUCGUUUGCAGCAUUUGGAAAAUGUACUUGUUUAGAUGUAUACCUCAGCUCCAGGUUCAUAUAAACAAUGGUUUGCAUGGUUUUUCCUGCCCAAAAAAAAUGAUGCAUUGGAAUUAUUCCCAUUUUACAGAUGGAAAACUGAAGGUUAGAAGUUUCCUACUGAAUUCUUAACUGGCUUGGAUUUAAAUCCAUGCCUACUCCCAAAAAUAUAAACGCUUGCUGUCAAAACCUCA